AAACUAUAAAUUGCAAAACGAAUCCAAAGCCGAAAGAAAAUGAAAACCUAUAUCAACCAAACCGUACAAUACUUCACAAUCGGAGAAUGGCGUCGUCACCGUCAUCAGGCGGAGCAACGGCAGAUGACAGUUUCAAAGAAAGAGUGGAGAAGAUAUUCGGAUCAUUAACAUCAUCGUCAGUAUCAUCUCCUACGCAACAGCGUCCACCGUCGUCUCUUCAAUCAGCGCUCUGGUCUCUCAGCGACGACGACGUCGACCGAAAAAAAUUGAAACGAGAUACCUCUAACUCUGACUGCGACGAAGUUCCGUCUUGCUCAUCGUUUAAUGAUCCGGAUGACGUGUCCAAUAAGGUGGCGUGGAGAGAAGGAAUGGACGCAGAUGAAUCGGAUAUUAGAUCGUCUAUUGGUUUCGACCGUACGCUCGAUAAUGAGGAAGAGGAAGAUGAAGAUGAUAAAGUGGCUAUAGGAAAAGAAAAUAAUACAGGUGAGCAUUGUAUUCAUAACAAAGAUCAACGGGCUGAUCACAUGGCGGCUAAAAUUAGGCUGCAAGAAGAUGAAGUUGAAGCUCAGAAGCUGAGUAAUGCUUCUCGGGGUAGUGCUGAUACUCAAUUGAAGUCUAUUCUGAAAAGAAAGGACAUUAAUUCCGAUUCUAUGUCGCUUAAUAAGCGAGUGCGGUUUGAUCCUGAUAGUAAUAUGGUGUGCGAGGUAGAGGAAUCUGAACAAGUUGAAGAUGACGAUGAUCAUAUGUCGAAUGAUACAUAUGAUCCUUCUGACUAUAAUUGUUAUGGUUUUGAUUCGAGUACUGAAGUUGAAGUGGAAUCCAAUACCCGGGCUAUAAUGGAUUUCUUUACGGUAGAUAAAGAAUCAAGUUUCGAGCUGCAAAAUGAUGAUUUGGCUGACCUUCCGAAGUCUGCAACUUUUGUUCCAAGGAAUGGAGUAGGCGACCUUAAAGCAGCUAUACUUAAAGCAUUAACAGACUGCCACGAGGUUGAGAAAGAUGAAGAAGAGGACCGUAAUCAGUUGUCCACCGGCAUUGCUCCUGAGGAAUCAAAUGAGUAUGAAGCUGGUGCAGCGGAGGAAAAUGAAGCAGAAGUAAAUGCUGCACUUGAAAGUGUUGCUUCACGAGAACAUUGAUUGCAAGUAUUGAACAAACUCAAGUUCAGAUGAAAGUGAUUCUUUAUGCUUUGUGAUGUUUAGGCAAAUUGUAGUCAUUAAAAUUACGUUUACAGUAGUUUCAUUUGAUUAUAUUCAUCUAUUUCUAUUAGCUCUGUUUCCAAAAGAUUCAAGCUUGUCUUUGGUCACAUUGUAGGAAUGUCUUCACUUAAACACUAUGAAACUGUGUUAUUUCAAGGUU